AUGGCUGACGCUGCGAUCGACACUCUGGACAUCGCUAUCCUCGGCGCCGUCCUCUUGGGCUCCGGCAUCUACUGGUUCAAGGACAAGCUCCUUGGCUCAAACUCAUCCUCCAAGACGUCCCUCGCCAAGCAACCCCUCGUUCCCAUGCAAAAACCCAACGCACCCGCCCUCAAGAUCAACAAGACCGCCAGGAAGACCCGCGACUUUGUCGAGAAGAUGAAAGAAACCGAUAAGACUGUUAUCUUUUUCUAUGGAUCGCAAACUGGAACUGCUGAAGACUAUGCCUCCCGCCUCGCCAAGGAGGGAACCCAACGCUACAACCUCAAGACCAUGACCGCCGAUCUCGAAGACUACGACAUGAACCUCCUCGAUACCUUGCCUGCCGAUCAUCUUGCCGUCUUUGUCCUCGCCACCUACGGCGAGGGUGAACCCACCGAUAACGCCGUCGACUUUUGGGAGCUCCUCGUCACAGGUGAGGAUGUCCCCGAGUUCUCUGCUGGAGAUUACGAGGAUGCCGACAAGCCCCUCAGCCACCUCAACUUUGUCAUGUUUGGCCUUGGCAACAGGACCUACGAGCACUACAAUUCUGUCUGCCGCCGUGUCGACGAAAAGCUCCAGGCCCUCGGUGCCACCCGCAUUGGCGAGCGUGGUGAGGGUGAUGACGAUGGCUCGCUCGAGGAGGAUUUCUUGAGCUGGAAGGACGACAUGUGGAAGGCUACCUGUGACUUUUUGGGAAUCGACUUCUUGGCCGGCAACUCUGGACCUCGUCAGGCUACCUACAAGAUCCAGGAACACACUGCAGAGGAAGUCGAGGGUCUCAAGAAGGUCUACUACGGUGAACACCAGGAACCCAAGUUCAUGCUCGGCUCUCGCCCUACCUAUGACUCCAAGAACCCUUACUCUGCCCCUAUUGCUAUUUCCCGCGAAUUGUUCGAGGUCUCGGCCGACCGUCACUGCUUGCACAUGGAAGUCGACAUUUCUGGAUCAGGCAUCACCUACCAGGCUGGUGACCACAUUGCCGUCUGGCCCGUCAACGCCGAACAGGAGGUCAACAAGCUCGCCACCGUCCUCAGGAUUGCCGACAAGCUCGAUACCGUCCUUACUGUCUCCAACACCGACCCUGCCUCGACCAAGCUGCCCUUCCCUGUCCCUACCACCUACCGUACCGUUCUCCGCAACUAUGUCGAUAUCACUGCCCCUCCCUCUCGUGCCUUUAUUGGUCAGCUCACUCCCUUUGCCCCCACCGAUGCCGCCUCAAAGCUGUUUGCCCUCUGGGGUCAGGACAAGGAAGCCUUCCGUAUCAACGUUGCCGAUGCCCGUCGCAGCUUGGGAUCUGUUUUGGAAAAGAUUCUCGGUGUUGGUCAGUCGAUAGAGAUUCCCUUUGAUUUGUUGAUCGAGUCCAUUCCCCGUCUCCAGGCCCGUUACUAUUCGAUUUCGUCCUCUGCCAAGGCCCACCCUACUUCGAUCCACUUGACUGCCGUUGUUUUGGACUACAAGCCUGAUGUCGCUCCCGAGGAGACUGUCUACGGAUUGGCCACCAACUUUUUGCACAACUGCCACGGCCGUAUCAACCAGUCUGGACCUAUUGAGCCCAAGUACGAGAUUUCUGGACCCAGCGGAUCGCACCUUGUUGGCGAGACUGGCGUCAAGGUUCCUAUCCAUGUCCGUCACUCGAACUUCAAGUUGCCCCGUAACUCUGCCGUACCUAUUAUUAUGAUUGGACCCGGUACCGGUGUUGCUCCGUUCCGCGGAUUUGUUCAGGACCGUGCUCAGGAUGCCAAGAACGGAAAGAAGGUUGGCGCGACUGUGUUGUUCUUUGGCUGCCGUCGCGAGGACGAGGAUUACCUAUACAAGGGCGAGUGGCCCGAGUUGAUGAAGGGUAUCGAGGGUGCCCAGGUGAUCACCGCUUUCUCUCGCCAGCCCGGUGUUCCCAAGACAUAUGUUCAGCACAGGAUGAACGACCACAAGGAGUUGAUCUGGGACUUGAUCCACAAGCAGGGAGGAUACUUCUACGUGUGUGGUGAUGCCAAGAACAUGGCUCGCGAGGUCAACCACAAGCUGAUUGAGAUUGCGAUGACUGUUGGCGAGAUGUCAGAAGAGAAGGCAACGACCUAUGUCAAGGAGCUACGUGGACGUGGUCGCUACGAGGAGGAUGUCUGGUCAUAA